AUGAAAUCGUUAGCAAAUAAUGUUGUAAAAAAUUUUAUGGCUCUGGUCCUCUCAGUCGGACCAGUGGUUACUAAUGCUUGUAAUCAUAUUGGCAUCCAGUUCGCUGGAUUGUGUUCUGCUAUUAUUAAAAGCGUUUCUCGAACGGAUUUCAAGGAAGAGGCUGUGGCCUCUUUCAGAGACGAGUUGGCACUCAAGGAAAGAGAGAUCACAGAAGCGAAACGAGCUCUCAAGGAAGAAAGCCGAAAAAACAAGAUCCUGCGGUCUGUGAUAGAAAUCCUGAGAGCACGCGCUUCUAAACGAGAAGAAGAGGAUAUGAAACGCCAUCAGACGCAGCAGGAAAGUGAAUCCAAACGUAAAAUAACAGCGUACACCGACCUCGAGAAAGACAUUCAAAUACUAAAGGAGGGACAAGAAGCGCUACAAAAUAAAAUGGAACAACUCGUGAGUCUUAUGAGGCGAGAGGAAGAAAGGCCACUUGACCAGCAGAUUCAUAUUAAUCAGAAUAUGAAGACACCAAAGGGUUGGCCGACCGAGGCUAAACGAGAGAAACAUUGGGAAGAAGAAAAUGUACACCUUCACGAAUUGAUGGCUGAAAGUGAUUCGAGCUACUGUUUACUGGUGAAGAAAGAUUCGCACCGACAUUCAAACGAUUGUGAUUCGUCAUGGUGCGUAGUCUGUGAAUUGGAAGACAGGAUGAAGGUGGACGAAGCCGAAGCGUGGAAUAUGUCUGGGAAGAGGAAGCAUAGGAGGAAAAGGAAGGAACCCAUAGCAUGGAGAUUCAGAGCAAAACGUUGGAAUCUGAAUGAAACCGCUUCUGGCUUAAAAUUCAUCGCCCACAUAGGAAAGGUGAGAAAGGCGCAGAAGAACAAGAGUGAGACGAAGCGCCAUCUGAAUUAUUACGAGGACCAUGCCGAUACGCAGGCUCUGCGUGAGGAGCUCGCCAGGCAAAAUUCAGAGCUUGACUACAUGGAGGACCUGCUUAACAUCGGCAAAAGCAAGUAUCAACGUCUCGAAAAGCGACUGGACUCUCAAAAAGAACAUAACAGAUUACUGCUGGAUGAAAACGCGAAGAUGAGAGGAAACUUGGAAAAGCUAUGCGAAAUCGAGAGAGAACUGAGAAUCCGGCUGGAAGAAGCAAACUGCUCUCUCGAACAAAGGGACAAGGAAAUAGCACAUAUGAAACGUAAAAUGGAUGAGGUAAAUUUGGCGUUUGCAAGCAAGUCCAAAAUUCAUGACGAGCAGGGCAACGCGUUGUUCCAGUGCCAGAGAGGGAAGGCAAAGCUGGAAGAGCAGGUCCAGAGACUCUGCAAGGAAAUUGAGAAAAUGCGGCAAGAAGAACACUCGAGGUUGUGUGAACUCCAGAAGAAAGACAACCAGCUAGAUUUAAUGGAACAGAUGCUGAAGGAGAAGGAAGCUGAACUCAAGAUGAAACUCGACGAAGAUCCGGAAAUAUGGGGACUCGUGGAUUCUCUGGAAGGGCAGCUUCGACGCAUCAAACGGGAGAGAAACCAUCUGGCCGAUCAGUUAGAAAACCUAAUAUUGGUAUGUCGCCAUCAAAAGAUGGGGCUAAUAAAGUACGACAAAGUGAUACGAUUACUGAUGGAUUGGCGGGAAGGCAUCAAACAAGGAUUGCAAGAGAGGGAUUUCGAUAUGGUGAUCGCCAACUAUCAAUAG